CUCCCACCCAUAAUGCUGGACAAACAGUUUUCGGACUUCACCCCGGACAUCACUCCGAUCAUCCUGGCGGCCCACACCAACAACUACGAGAUCAUCAAACUCCUGGUGCAGCGAGGCGUCUCCAUACCUCAGCCGCACGCCGUGCUGUGCGACUGCCUGGAGUGCGUGUCCAGUCUGGACGUGGACGGCCUGCGCCACUCGCACUCCCGCCUCAACAUCUACAAGGCGCUGGCAAGCCCGUCGCUCAUCGCCCUGUCCAGCGAGGACCCGUUCCUCACCGCCUUCCAGCUCAGCUGGGAGCUGAAGGAGCUCAGUCAGGUGGAGAAUGAGUUCAAGUCAGAGUAUGAGGAACUGUCGCAUACGUGCAAACGGUUUGCCAAGGACCUCUUGGACCAGACCCGGAGCUCCAAGGAGCUGGAAAUCAUCCUCAACUAUCGCGACGACAUCAACCCACUGCUGGAUGACAACACCAACGAUCUGGCCCGGGUGAAGUUGGCGAUUAAAUACUGCCAGAAAGAGGUAAGUCGCCUUUUCAAUUUGUGGUGCUGGGAAAUGUGGCACCCGACUCUGAUCGCCGAGGCGUUGUUUGCUAUCGCCAACAUCUUCAGUUCCCUGCGCCUCAUCUGCCUUUUCACCGCCAAUUCCCACCUGGGCCCGCUGCAGAUCUCGCUGGGCCGCAUGCUGCUCGACAUCCUCAAGUUCCUCUUCAUCUACUGCCUGGUGCUGCUGGCCUUUGCCAACGGCCUCAACCAGCUCUACUAUUACUACAGUACCGACGUGGGCAGCAACUGCAAGGGCAUCCGUUGCAUGCAGCAAAACAACGCCUUCUCGACGUUAUUCGAAACGCUGCAGUCAUUAUUCUGGUCUGUGUUUGGCCUAAUUUCCCUCUACGUGACACGAGUGAAGCCGGACCACGAAUUUACCGAGUUUGUAGGAACCACCAUGUUCGGCACCUACAAUAUCAUCUCCCUGGUUGUGCUGCUGAACAUGCUCAUCGCCAUGAUGAACAACUCGUACCAGCACAUUGCAGAUCACGCGGAUAUCGAGUGGAAAUUUGCCAGAACUAAAUUAUGGAUGAGCUACUUUGAAGAGGGAGGAACUCUGCCGUCUCCGUUCAACAUCAUACCCAGUCCCAAGUCAUUUUAUUAUCUGACGGGAUGGAUACAAGCGCGUGUGUUUCGGAGGCCCAGCUUGAAAAGACUUGAAACAUUUGAAAGUUUAGGGAGGCGUGCGGCAGACAAUGUCAGACUAAACCACGAGUAUCAGGAGGUUUUGAGAAACCUAGUCAAGCGCUACGUCGCUGCAAUGAUCAGAGACGCCAAGACAGAGGAAGGCUUGACUGAAGAAAACUUCAAGGAACUCAAGCAGGACAUCUCCAGCUUCCGCUACGAGGUGUUGGGAAUGAUGAAGGGCAAAUCCCAAGGCCGAGGCGCUGGAAAAGUAGCGAGCUCUCCCUUCGCCUACCCGGGAAACUCCUUCAAGUAUUCCCCGAAAUGUUGCACGGAGGAGAGGCUGGACGUGUUUGAACUGAACUCCCACAAACCGAGCGUGGCCGCCAACGCCAGCAACAGUCCGAGCGAUGGCUGCGUCACGACCGCCAAAAGUCACGUUGGCGACGCCCCCAAGCAGAGGCCGCCCGGGAAGCUCCCUCAGCACUGCGAAGGAAUCAAUUCCUCCUCGGACAAGGGCUCAAAGUGGUCGGAAAGCGCCAGAGGACGAAACCACGAGCUCAAAAGUCCGAGGGUGAUCGUGCAAGUUGUACAGGAGGUGGAGAAGGACGCUCAAGAGAAAGAGCAUUCAUGCAAACUGCAAACCGCUGGACAUUAACGACCUCGACACAGCACACGUUCAUCCGAGUCUGCAAAUAAUACAUUCGCUUUUGUUUUUUCCCGCUGCUUUGUGGUAAUUUAUUAAAUGAAGACACUUUCCCGACCGUGGCCUAGUUCGUGUAUUACAUGAGAAUGUGUCAUAAGCAGAUCAUCAUGCUGAUAGGCCUGUGCUGACUUGUGGAAAGCGCUGUUAAAAAUGUGUCACGUGUUUUUUUGUUUGUUUGUUUUUUUUAACCUCGGUCUAUUUUCAUUUUUUUUUUUUUGGUUACAGUAAGAAACCAUAAAACAAUACUAACUCUGGGCUAUACUUCAAGGCUCAUGUUAUGGGUACAGUAAAUUACUCAUAAUUUGCAGAAAUGAAGCGGUUUCAAGUAACCUCAACACAUUAAAUUUGUACUAAUGAUAUGGUGCAAUACGCCAUGCAGCUAAAUCAUUGUGACACAUUUUUGUAGCAUAUUGCCGCCCCCUGGCCCUUUUUUUUAA